AUGCAACAGCUUGUUUUGGGAGGCGGCGCAGCUUCGACAAACAGACUCUGGCGCGCGCUUUUCUUUCCACGCUUGAAGUAAAUUGGAAGCGAAGAUUGAGUUCAUCUGGCGUGAACUUGCAGGCCUCCAGAGGGAAUAUCUUCCCGGUGAGUUCAGUCUCAGACGGCGGGCUGCAAAAUGAAGAGUGUCAGGAAGUCUGCGCACGGACUCCUAAUCCUUGUACCUGUUUCUGCGCGGGGAGGAAGCGCGCGCACAGGUGGUGCUGGCCCUGAAUGUGACGGAAAAACCGCCCAUUUCAGCUCAAACUGCUCUCCAGCUUAUCUUUAUGUUUAGUAAUUAUUUGAAUUUAAUAAAAUAUGGCUUUAAAAUGAGUAAAAUUGACCUUAUACUUUGAAAGGCCUUCUUAUUCACCUAGUUUCACUUUGAGAUAUGAAACCCUCACUGACAGGACCUCAGAUGAUCCUCCUUUUCCUCCACGGGCCUCUCCUCCUCCCCUCCAGAUCGUGUCCUGCUGGCCCGGGGCCCCUCAUGAAGCCACUGCAGUGAGCUAUUUCGGUUCCGCCUCUCCUGAGACAGUUUUCCACGUUCGCCGCCUCUCCUCCUCCUCUCCUCCUUUCUCAUCUUCGCCCGCACACCUAUCCAGGAUGCUUUCCGCCUCUGGGGCUUCCCCUUCUCGCGCUCCCAUUGGCUCCCUGUGAGCCUCUGGCGCGGUGACGUCAUGCCCCGCCGCCCCUGCAGCGCUGAAUGGACCAAGCAGCCUUCUGAUCCACUCCAAAAACAGCUCAGCGCGGCGCCGCACGGCACGGCUCGGCACGGACUCUGGGAACGGAGACAUAACAGGGAUUUGACCCCCGCGGUGCGCAGGGUGGACACGGGCCUCAAGCAGCUGUUUGUUUUUUUUAUUUUAGCCCCCACACAGGGCAGGACGGGGGAGCGGUGUGCGCGCGCGUCUGCAUCCCGGUUUGGAUCACGAUGAUGCAAAGUGCGGCGGUCCUGCCGACAGAGAGUCCUGUGAAGAGUUUACCGGAGAUUCUCGGAGUGCCACUGCAACAGAUCCCUCAGUGCGCAGGCUGCAGUCAGCACAUCCUGGACAAGUUCAUCCUGAAGGUGCUGGACAGACACUGGCACUCGAAGUGCCUCAAAUGCGCAGACUGCCAGACUCCGCUGGCGGACAAAUGCUUCUCCCGCGCAGGCAGCGUCUACUGCAAGGAGGACUUCUUCAAGCGUUUCGGAACAAAAUGUGCGUCGUGCCAACAGGGCAUCCCUCCGACGCAGGUGGUGCGGAAGGCCCAGGACUUUGUGUAUCACCUUCAUUGCUUUGCUUGCAUCAUGUGCAGCCGCCAGCUCGCCACGGGGGACGAGUUCUACCUGAUGGAGGACGGUAGGCUGGUGUGCAAGGUGGACUACGAAACCGCCAAACAAAACGAUGAUUCAGAGGCGGGGACUAAGCGACCCAGGACCACCAUCACAGCCAAGCAGCUGGAGACCCUCAAAAGUGCCUACAAGAACUCGCCAAAGCCAGCACGCCACGUCAGGGAGCAGCUGUCCUCAGAGACGGGACUCGACAUGAGGGUGGUGCAGGUUUGGUUCCAGAACCGGCGAGCGAAGGAAAAGCGUCUAAAGAAAGAUGCCGGACGCCACCGCUGGACUCAGUUUUAUAAAAGCGUGAAACGCAGCCGAGGAGGAACCAAAGUGGAGAAGGAGAGCUCGGCGGACGACGCGGGACUCAGCGACAGUGAACUCAGCUUCAGAGACGACCAGGUCCUGUCAGAUCUGGGUCACACCAACGGGCUGUACGGGAGCGUGGGCGACGUGACCAGCGGCGCCGUCCUGAACGGAGGCUUCUCCGUCGACGCGGCGGGACAACCCUUCCACGACAUCAGAGCGGGAAGUCCUUACGGCCUCCCACACUCUCCGUCCUCCAUCGCCUCCCUGCCUGGCCACACCCCCCUCCUCAACAACCUGGGCUUUAACAUGGACACUCUAGUGGCGCAGGGAGGCCCGGGUGGCGUGGGACAGGCUCUGAGGGCCAUGGCCGGAGGCCCCACGUCAGACCUCUCCACGGGCAGCAGUACUGGAUACCCGGAUUUUCCCACCAGCCCGGCAUCGUGGCUGGAUGAGAUGGACCAUUCCCAGUUUUGAGGCUUAAAACUGAAAGAAAAAAAAAAAAAAA